AUGAAAACAUUGUUAUGCGACUUCGACAAUAGUUUCACGUUAACAAUAUGUGGGAGUUUCAGACGUGGAAAAUCAGAGAGCGGUGACAUAGAUGCUUUAGUAACGCACCCUUCAUUGAAAGCCGGCGAGCCAAAAAAAUCACGUGGAGAAACUAUGCUGCAAAAAAUAGUAGAAAAAUUAAAAGGGCUUGUUAUCGAUACUAUUUCCAUGGGUGAUACAAAAUUUAUGGGAGUAUGUCGGCAGUCCGCGGAAUUGCCUGCGCGACGUUUGGAUAUAAGGCUGGUUCCCUGCGAUCAGUUCUACUGUGCCGUACUUUAUUUCACGGGCAGUGACGUAUUUAACAAGACAAUGCGAACACAUGCUCUAGAGAAGGGUUUUACGCUAAACGAAUAUGCAUUAAGACCGAUGGGGGCAACGGGUGUUCCCGGUGAACCAGUGCCAAUAACUUCCGAGGAAGACAUUUUUGACUAUAUUGAAUACCCUUACAAAAAACCUGAAGAGCGCAACUUG